AUGGUAUUGAAGCUAGGUUUGUUGUGCUCUCACUCCGACCCACAUGCUAGACCAACUAUGAGACAAGUGUUGAAUUAUCUAAACGGAGAUGCAAUGUUACCAGAUUUGUCACCGUUGGACUUGCGUGGGAACGGGAUGAUGCUGGGAAUCCACCACAGAGUUGGUGAGUUAGUUAUGUCUAACGGUGGAUCUUCCAUGGUUGACUCUACUCUCUGGCGGAAGAUGAUUAUGUACGUUUGUGUCUUACAAUUCAUAUAUACAGAGUCAACAAUGGAGAUGUCUGAUGAUACGAAAUUCACAGAGAGUAAACCUCAGUUCAGGUGCCGAGCGCAGAAGACAACAUGA